AUGGCCAGUCACCAACCCGCUCUCCCGCAGUUCCUCAAGCAGUCCAGAUCAGAACUCCACGCCAAAUUCGUCGAUCUCGAAUGGCAGCAACGUAACCGUCUCCUCCAAGGCACGCAAGCUCCUGCGAAUCCCUCCGCCCCGCCGUCACAAUGGUCACGACUCAGCGGCGAGGCCGUCGCAGCACGAAAUCGAUACCUGAAUGUGGAACCAUAUGCGCAGAACAGAGUCAAGCUGAGGGUCAAUGAGGGAGCAAAUGACUAUAUCAAUGCGUCGCCGAUCCAAUUGGGGAAGAGGAAAUACAUCGCUACGCAGGGGCCUAAGGAUACCAGUGUCAAUCACUUCUAUCGAAUGGUUGCAUCAGAGCUGAAGAGUCCGGCGGUGGUCGUCAUGCUUACACAGACGCACGAGGCGGGCAGGGAGAAGUGCUUUCAGUACUAUCCCCUUUCCAAGGAGGAGUCGCCUUUGAUCAUACCAGAGGACUCGGCCAUUGAAGAUGGGGUCCAAGGCGCAGUCGAGCUGCUCAGCGUAGAGCAAGAUCCCAAGAGCCGAAGCGAAGUCCGCAGACUACGGCUGAGCACGAGUGCAGCGAGUGGCGACCCGAAAGAAGUCGAAAUCCACCACCUCCUCUUCUCUGGCUGGCCAGACUUUCUCGUCCCAGAAGGCGAAGAUCGCGCGGCGCUCGUUGAACUUGUUCGACUUUCCGCCUUUCUCAACCGCCCCAGCAGCACGAACACCCCCAACCACACCAAUGGCGCCUCAGCCUCUACCUUCGCCGCAGAUCUCGCAUCCACAGAUCAAGACAACCCCCGCAUAAUCCACUGCUCAGCAGGCGUGGGCCGCUCAGGAACCUUCAUCGCGCUUGACUACCUCCUCAGCCUGAUGCAUUCUAGUCAAUUGGACAACCUUGCGGCGGAUAAGGACCCCAUCGCCGAGAUUGUGGAUAGUCUGCGACAGCAGCGCAUGAUGAUGGUCCAGGGCGAAUCGCAGUUCAACUUCUUGUAUGAGGUUAUGAGGGAGCAGUUGUCCGCGAGGUUUAGAGAGCGCGAUGCUGUGGCGGGGGCUGCGCAGAACGGGACGAAUUAG